AUUCCUGUUGAGAUUAGUCUUAACGCAGGCCCGGGACCAAAUUUACGCGAUGGUAAAUCGCAGAACGCGAGUGCGCGAUCGUCGCAGGGAAUCGAAGAAGAGGGAGCAUUGUAACACCACCAGUCAGUUCGAUUAUUCGGUCGGACUUUUGAUUGACGUUAUCAGGAGAGACAGGGAAACCGUCAACACGGACUUGGAAGCUUUUCCAAUAAUGACUAAAAUGCUUUUACAAUGGUUGUACUUCGGUAUGGAGUACGAUCGGAAGGUUCUCGAGCCGAUUUUACGCCCGUAUUUGAACAAUCUUUUCAACAGCCUUCACGAGCACGGUUGGUGCGCGACGUCUUGGAAGAAGAGGCAACAGAUUUACAUUUCCGAGAUGCAAUCUUUGUCCACGUUCUGUAAAUCUGUGAUAACUCAAGAAGUGUCACCAGCCAACGGGAUAGUGGACCGUCUAUCUCAGGGUUGGUGUUGGGCAGAAAAUAUGACCAGGAUGAUCGAACGUUCCGGGAACUGCCUGCGAUUGAUUUUCUUUCUUGGGGACAGAGAAAUCAAAUACAACUUAACGUUCGCGGCAAAUAAAGGAUUAAGCUCGUUCUCUACGUGGAGCAAAGCUAGAACCGUUAACACUAUUGCCAGAAGAAAACGAAUAAAUUCCAGGGCCAGCGAAUUAUACGAUUUUCUUACGAGGUUGCAAGAGACUUCGGGCGGAAAUAGAGGUACAAAAAAAUUUUAUCUAAUUGAUUAAUAUUCGUUAACGUUUCAGCUUAGUUUUCUCGAAAAUAGGUUCAUUAGUUUCAAAUUCUCAUUACUAGUGAUAUCGAGUGAAAUAAAUUAUUUUUAGUACUUAUAACAGCUGUGUUGGUGAUCACAAAAACUGUUACUGACGAAUUUCGCGAAAAAAUUUCUCCAAUUCAUCCGGCUAUUGUUACUCGCCAAAAAAAGAAUCUACCAGAAAUUCGCGUUCACUUAUUGCUUUGGUAAGCGCAUGUUUUUUCGGCCCGAUAUUAUUUCUUCUGACCGUCUCCGGUUCCUAUUGAAUUCCUAACUGGAUUACAUUCCACUAUUGGAGAAAAGAAUUAUAGUAGCGUUAUCGUUAGAUCCGGGUCAUCGCGUAAAAUAGUUUCACUCAGGUAGCUCUGCAUUCAACGGAGAUCGCUAAAAUAAACGUGGCUGACAUUAAAAAUUGAAGUCAUUUGAAGCGUGACGGUGUCCGUCGAGCGAAGUUAAAAGCGCGGAAGAGACAAAGAUUUACGCUGACGUCGCUAGAGAAUAUCAUACCUACUACCUACACCUACAUAGGCGGGCGCGUAAAAUUCGAGUCGGAAAUGCCGGGUAUAGAUCAACCGUGGAAGCUGCUCGGAAAGAACGGUUCAGGAUCCGCGUUUUAAAUCAACGUCGCUGUUCGGUGACGUAGGCAAAUUUCUGGUCCACGUACCGGCGCGUUGGUUGGUCACUGGAUCACAAAAGCGUUUACGUAAGUCACGUAUACGCAGAACGCAGUGGGGCAAAAUCAAUAUUUUCGUUAGGGGUUGCAG